UCUUUGCCUCCGUGACGACAUCUCGCGAGAAGAUUGUGGGGGCGGGGCUCUAGCGCUGUGGGCAGGACUACGUUUCGGGAGGGUCAUUUAGUUGCAAGGCGGCUUGGUGCUGGCUGCGGCCAGGAUUCGGCGCGAGGACGCGGGUUCACCUCAGAGCGAUGCCCUGGCUCUCUGUGACGCUGAAGUGAGAGGGGCCGGCGCGGGCCCAGCCCUGGCCGGGCAGCAUGACCAAGCCCCGGCUCUUCCGGCUGUGGCUGGCGCUGGGGUCUGUUUUCAUGGUUCUGCUCAUCAUCGUGUACUGGGACAACGUGGGCACUGCCCACUUCUACCUGCACACUACCCUGUCCAGAGCCCACGCGUUGGCGCCCCUGCCCACCCCCGGGCAGGGGGAGGACAAGGAGUUCCCCUCCAAUGUGGACGAAUUUCUAGAUAAGCUGCUCGCUUCUGGUGCAAAGCACGACUUUUCCAAGAAAAAGACCACGCAGCCCACAGUACAGGCCCCCAACAAGCCGGCAGACAGCCGCAUGGAGGAGAGCGUGAGGGGCUAUGACUGGUCCCCCCAGAACGCUCAGCAGCACCCCGACGCAGGCCGGCAACAGGCCGAGCGGAGGAGCGUGCUGCGCCACUUCUGCGCCAACUCCAGCCUGGCCUUCCCCACCAAGGAGCGCUCCUUCGACGACAUCCCCAACUACGAGCUGAACCACCUCAUCGUGGACGACCGCCACGGCGUCAUCUACUGCUACGUGCCCAAGGUGGCCUGCACCAACUGGAAGCGCGUGAUGAUCGUGCUGAGCGAGAGCCUGCUGGACCGCGGCGCCCCCUACCGCGACCCGCUGGACAUCCCGCGCGAGCGCGUGCACAACAGCAGCGCGCACCUGACCUUCAACAAGUUUUGGCGGCGCUACGGCAGGUUCUCGCGGCACCUCAUGAAGAUCAAGCUGAAAAAGUACACCAAGUUCCUGUUUGUGCGCGACCCCUUCGUGCGGCUCAUCUCGGCCUUCCGCAGCAAGUUCGAGCUGGAGAACGAGGAGUUCUACCGCAAGUUCGCGGCGCCCAUGCUGCGGCUCUACGCCAACCGCACCAGCCUGCCCGCCUCGGUGAGCGAGGCCUUCAGCGCCGGCCUCAAGGUCACCUUCGCCAACUUCAUCCAGUACCUGCUGGACCCGCACACCGAGAAGCUGGCGCCCUUCAACGAGCACUGGCGGCAGGUGUACCGCCUCUGCCACCCGUGCCAGAUAGACUACGACUUCGUGGGGAAGCUGGAGACGCUGGAUGCGGACGCCGCCCAGCUGCUGCAGCUGCUCAAGGUGGACGCGCAGGUGCACUUCCCCCCGAGCUACCGGAACAGAACUGCCAGCAGCUGGGAGGAGGACUGGUUCGCCGAGAUCCCGCUGGCCUGGCGGUGGCAACUCUACAAACUCUACGAGGCGGACUUUGUUCUCUUUGGCUACCCCAAGCCCGAGCACCUGCUCAGAGGCUGAGGACGCCUCGAAGAGCCGGGCUGGCCGGGUCCCCCGCAGCCCAUGGGGGCCUGCCGCGGGUGACAUCCGAGGGGGGCUCUAGGACUGCGCCCUGUCUUCUGCUUCCUUGCCUCGUGUGGAGUCACAUGCCCUGGUGGAGAGGCUGCCGAGGGUCUGGUCUUGACUUCACGUGUUCCAGGUUUUAAACAAGCUAUGGUUUUGCAGUCUGGGCUUGCUGUGCACUCCACAGCCUGUGUUCCCUGAGCACUGUGUUAGUACUGUUUUCUAAGAUUAAUAUAUUUCAGAUAUUUAAUAUGA